UGCAACAUGCGAUUCCCUGCCCACCGGGCGGCGAUUAAAUUGGAUCCACUUUCGGCCCAGGAAGGGAAUUGAUCGCAUCGGACAUUGCGGGCCCGAUAGGAAACGCCUUAAGGGACGGGACUAACAGGUCCAAGUGAACAGGUCAGAAACGGCUGAUUCCGACUGCAAAAGAGGCAGCACAGAGCAUAUUCCCUGUCACUCAUCGAGGCGGGGCAGGAAAUAAGUCCCAUCAUCUCAGAGGAACCGGAAUUGGUUGUCUCAAGCCGGAAGUGGACAAUUUCUGGUCCCUCCCAGAACGGAAGUGAACCCCCCAGACCGGAAAUGUGUGAUCCUUUCAACAUGGAGCUGGUUCCACUCACCAGGCUGCUGCAGGGGAAGUGGGUGGUGCUGGCGGUCCCAGGAGGCGGGACAUCCUGUCCUCCAUGGUGACUUCCAGGGGCAGGGCCUGCUCUGGGAUUGUCAGCUGUGACUUCCAGGGGUGGGGCCUGCUGUGACUGACAGCACACCACCACCUCCCAGGGACUGCAGUUCGAGGUCGUACCCUCCCACUUCUAGGAGUCCCUGGAGAAGGCGAGAUUUCCGGCUCCGCCCGAAUAUGCCUGGGAGACAGCAAAGCUGAAGGCUCUGGAGGUGGCUUCGUGGCUGCUCAGGGACCUGCACCCUCCUGAUGUCAUUAUUGGAGCUGACACCAUUGUGGCCGUGGAUGGCGUCAUCCUGGACAAGCCAAAGGACAAGGAUGAUGCCUACAGGAUGCUGCGCAGGCUGAGUGGCCAGCAGCACAGUGUCAUCACCGGUGUGGCCAUCUUGAGGCCACUGUGGCGGAGGCAGCUUCAGGAGCCAAGUUCCACAUGCCCAGAGGCCCCAGAGGCGGAAGGGGACCCAGAAGCAGAAGUGGAAUUGUCACUGUUCCACGAAGAGACCCGUGUGACAUUCUCGCGGCUAUCGGAGCCACUGCUGUGCGAAUACGUGGAGAGCGGGGAGCCUCUGGACAAGGCUGGCGCCUACGGGCUUCAGGCACGAGGUGGUGCCCUAGCAGAGCGUGUGGAAGGAGAUUUCUUCAAUGCCGUGGGGUUUCCACUCAACCGCUGCAUUCGUGAACUGGCUGCCAUCUUCCCGGAUGUGGGACCACACGUCCCUGUCAGCCAGCGUCCGGCCACACCCCAAUAAUGAGGAUUGUAGAUGGAGAGUGAGUAUGUGAGUGACUGUCUGGGCGGGAAUUCUGGUGAGAGAGUGACUGAAGGGGCGGGUCUUCUGGUGAGUUUGUGAAGCAGUGACCCAUUUCCCAUGAUGCCCUUGGUGCAUUGUGUUUGAUUGACAGAGCAAGGUUCCCUCAAGUGCAUCAUUUCCCAGUGCUAGGACACAGGACAUGGGGUGAGGUGUGUGGAGGCAGGGUUAGGGGACAGGCCCACCGAGGGGAGUACACCUAAACCCGCCCCUGUGGCCCUGCCCCUCCUGAUGCCCCGCCCUCACCAUCUCCAUGGGCCCUGCCCUUGCCCCCACUGGGUCCUGCAUGAGCAGCUUCACCAUCAGAUGCCUGUGAUGGACAUUUGACAUCAGGAGCAGGGUCAGGGGAGGCCCCACCCCCUGCCCGCACUCUGAUUUGCAUAUUCAAGAGCUGCCUGGAGACUCAGAAGACAUCAAGUACAGAAACUGCUGGGGUUAAUUUGCAUGGCCACACC